UGUGUGUGUGUGUGUGUGUGUGUGUGUGUGUGUGCGGUGAGUCCUAUUGUGUGUGUGUGUGUGUGUGUGUGUGUUUGUGUGUUUGUGUGUGGAGAGUCCAACAGUCCACCCGGCCAAGGCAGGGGGACAGCUGGAUGCAACAAGCGGGUAAAUGGACGGCCUUCUGGAAGUGGACGUCCUGAUCUACCCAGACGGGGUGCGGCUGGCCCGGCCGGAGGACAUCAGGGAAUGGGAGCUGGAGGCGGCCACCAAGCUGGCCCUGCCCAGCGCCCGGCUCUUCGUGGCGCUGUACCCCUACAACCCGGCCGCCAUGUCCCCCAACCGCGAGACGGCGGCGGCGGAGCUGCCCUUUGUGCCGGGUCAGAUCAUCAAGGUGUUUGGUGAUAAGGACUCGGACGGCUUCUACCACGGGGAGUCGGGGGGGCUGCGGGGGGACGUCCCCAGCAACAUGGUGGCUGAGGUCCCCGUGGAGGACGAGGACAUGAAGGCGGUGCUGAUGCAGCAAGGCUUCCUGCUGGUGGACCACACCGGUGCGUCCUUCACCCCAGAGGACCUGAGUGAGACCUCCAGUGUCCCUGACGACGUGGUUGUCCAACGCAUGGUCGCCAUCUUUGAAUACAUCCCGUGGGAAAGCUCCCCUAACAUGGACAGUGAGGCCGAGCUUGGCUUUCGUUCAGGAGACAUCAUUUAUGUGUUUGGGGACAUGGAUCAAGAUGGAUUCUACUAUGGAGAUCUUCAUGGACGACGGGGACUGGUUCCAUCAAACUUCCUGCAACCCCUUCCCUGGAACUAGAGUUCACCAGGGUGACAUGAGAAUGCUAAGGCCAUACGAAGAAGAUGAGUUUUUAAAUUAUAUAUAUUUGUUUAUAUGUACAUACAUAUAUAAUAUGUUUUAUUUAUGUACAUAGGGAGAGAGAGAGAGAGAGG